AAUCAUAUUAAAAUCGAUGGUGAAAACCGUAAGACAUCCCAAAUUAGAUAAGCAACUACUAAUGAGAGAAUGAUAUUUUGAUUUAUGGAAUUCACAUUUAAAAAAAUCGUAAAUAAAAAAGGGGAUUUUUUUUUUGCCAAAAGGAAGAAUGGAAUUAAGGGCAAUAAUAUAAUACGAAUAUCGUAGAGCUGAGUUUGCCCUAGCCUUUCACUUUUCCCUGUGUUGCCCUAUAUAAUGCUACGUCCUCGCCAUUUUCCCCGCACCAAAAUCCUAACAUCUGCCAUCUAAAAAACUCCAAUCUCAGCUUCUCAUCCCAAAUAACCAGUCCCUCUUUCUCUUCAUCCCAUCAAAGGAAGUUGGCUGUUUGGUCUGCUGUGUCUGCAGUUUGUCAAAGUGGAGGGUGUUACUUUUGAAUCUUCUUUUAUGUCUGAACGGGCCUCUCUCUUUUUGUCAUCAAUUGGAUUGCUCGGAGAGUACUGUCCCACGCCUAGAAAAAAGAAUAGAAGUUCCUCUUCUGAAGUUAUCUGCAUGCAUGUUGAGGCCAAUAACACAUAUUGUCUGGAUUUCCAUUUUAUGCAACCUCUUUCCAGUGCAAGGAAGCUGACUGGUAAAGGAUUUCUCACCACAAUCGAGAACACCAGCAUCUGAUCUGUCCUUUAAUUAACUCUGUCCCACAGUUUGAUCUAGAUGGCUUUGCAAAAUAUUGGUGCUUCAAACAGUGAUGAUGCCUUUUAUAGGUAUAAGAUGCCCAAAAUGAUAAGUAAGAUUGAAGGGAGGGGAAAUGGCAUCAAGACUAACGUGAUUAACAUGGUAGAAAUUGCCAAGGCUUUGGCUAGACCUGCUUCUUACACUACAAAAUAUUUUGGUUGUGAACUGGGAGCCCAAUCCAAGUUUGACGAGAAGACUGGAACUUCACUUGUAAAUGGGGCCCAUGACACUGCCAAGCUUGCAGGGCUUCUUGAGAACUUCAUUAAGAAGUAUGUUCAGUGCUAUGGUUGUGGGAACCCUGAAACUGAGAUAAUUAUUACCAAGACACAGAUGAUUACCCUGAAAUGUGCUGCAUGUGGGUUUGUUUCUGAUGUUGACAUGAGGGAUAAGCUUACAACUUUCAUUCUUAAGAACCCACCUGAGGCGAAGAAGUCAUCAAAAGACAAGAAGGCGAUGAGGAGGGCUGAAAAGGAAAGACUCAAGGAGGGUGAGGCUGCUGAUGAAGAGCUGAAGAAGAUUAAAAAAGAGGUAAAGAAGAAAGGUUCCUCUACUACUUCAAAGGUUGCUGCCUCCAAAGGUGCAGUAACCAAGAAGAAAAGCAGACAUUCUGAUGAGGAUCACUCCCCUGCACACAGUCAGGCUGAUGAGAAUGAACAGGUGGCCAGUGAUAAUGAUGAUGUCCAGUGGCAAACGGAUACUUCACUGGAAGCUGCUCAACAACGUAUCCAAGAGCAGUUGAGUGCUGUUACUGCAGAUAUGGUUAUGCUUUCUACCAAUGAAGAGAAGAAAAAGUCAGUGAGGAAGUCUCCGGAGUGUGAGGUUAAGGAACAUGAGAAUGGUAUCAGUGCCCAUGAGAAACUUGUUGAUGAGAUAAAGGAAUACCUCAAGAAGGGGUGCUCUGCAACUCAGCUUAAAUCCUUCCUAGGUUCACUCUCUGGAACCUCCCAAGAAGUCAUGGAUGCCCUUUUUACAGCAUUCUUUCAUGAUGUUGGGAAGGGGUUUGCAAAGGAAGUAACCAAAAAAAAGAACUACCUGGCAGUGGCAGCCCAAGAAGAGGGAGGGCAAAUUGUGCUUCUCCAUUCUAUUGAGUCUUUUUGUGGCAAGGCAAGCUCCGAGGCAGCAAAGGAGGUGGCUCUGGUUCUUAAAGUGCUGUAUGACAAUGACAUUUUGGAAGAAGAGUUUGUCAUGGAGUGGUACCAAAAGGGUAUUGCUGGUAGCAAUAAGAGUUGUGAGAUUUGGAAGAAUGUCAAGCCCUUCGUGGAGUGGCUCCAGAAUGCCGAGUCCGAGUCAGAAGAGGAGUGAUUCUGAAACUCAUGGUAUAGUUGCAUUUAUUAUGCUUAUAGCACAGACGUGCAACUUUUAAUACAAUAAGUUCCACUAACGUGGCUAUAGAUUUCAGUAUUUGGCAACAGUAUAGUUCGUUAAAAUAAAGAACAGUGAGCUAGGUCCUACAUGCUCUCUGUUGUGUUGUGAUUACUAGGUUCUUUUGUUGUCUGUUUGAGUCCUGGUUUUAUGAUAUGCUUCAUCUGUCUUUGUUUUUGUGUGCUUAAAACAAUGAGUUGAAUUUAGUUUGCUACUUUGAA